AUGGGAGCUAAACCACCUGACCAUUACCUGGCACUUGGAGUGAAGUCAGAUGCGACAGCGAAAGAGAUCAGUGUCGCAUAUAAAAAGCUUGCUCUCAAGUUUCACCCAGACAAAAUCCAAGCUGCGGCCGAUGUUCUGCGUGACCCUGCUCGACGUCUUCACCAUGACGAUACUGUGCUGAUGUGGUUGCGGGACUCCUGCAAAAAAAGCGGCAACCACAGAAAAGGCGAAACAGAAAAGAAAUACACCUCAACUUAUGAAACGCAAAGUGAGUGGAGAAAGAGCGAGUCAACUAAGUCGCAACCGUGGGAUGAACCCUCAUACUACAACGCAAACAAGAAAAGUGAAUGGGGAAAAAAUGAGCCAACUAAGUCGCAACCGUGGGAUGAGUCCUACAGCCUUGACAAGAAAAGUGAAUGGAAAAAGAGCGAGUCAACAAACUCGCAACAGCAGGAGGAGCCCCAGCCCUGGUGUAAACCUCCUCCUUGGGAGAAACCUUCACCCUGUGAUGAAGCUUCAUGGGGGGAACCUUCUUCAGAAGAUGAACAUUCCUCAAGGGAGGAAUCCUCCCCUCAGUGUAAUUUCAAUGCCCCCUGGGAGUGGUAUAUGCAUGGCCUUACAGCUGAUCACAUGAAUCAAUGUGUAGAGGGAGCAAAGAGAAAUAUGGCUAGCAUUCGUGUGGAAGAAGAAUUGGAAGCCCGAUGGGUUGAUUUCGACUGCUCAACGGCAGACAGCGCGAUGCAUGAGAAAUCGCGCCAAGAGAAAAAAAAAAUUACCAUGAGGACAAGCAAACUCCAGUUCCGGAAAUGUCAAAUUCGAGGGAGUGGUAUGGUUUUGAAGAUUUAUAUAAUCACUCGGGUGGUUCGGACUCAGGAGAGAAGGCCCGAGACGACGCUUUUUACUGCUGGGAACAUGGCAUGA